GUGGACAUCAGUAAAGUGGUGACCUUGUGCCGACUCCUGGAGGCUCUCAUCUUCCCAGCCCGCGGCGGCCUUGACUUCAACCUGGAACAGGUGAAGCUGCACAUGCUGGUGGCGCAGACGUUUGUGUUCUCCUACCUGUGGGCCAUCGGGGGGAACUUGACAGAGAACUACUGGGACCCUUUUGACACCUUUGUCAGGUCACAGUUUGAUGACCUGGGGGAAGCCAAGGUCUCGGAGGGAGAGGGUAACUGUCUAUGGUAG